GGAUUGGACUCCCUCCACCAACCCCAGGUUGACCCCAUCAGGAGUCACUUUCUGCAGUCUCUUCUUGUUCCAGCCAGGACACCCCUCCCCCAGACUCUCACACUUCACCACUGUCUCCACACCAAACAACCUCCGGAAGAAGUCGGAUGCAGAGCAGAGCACCAGUCUGUGGGCAGUGAAGGUGGAUCUGCCGACAGAGAACUCCACGUCGGAGAGAGUGGGGUUAUCCAGCAUCUUGCCCCAGUGAGAGGGAAGACGGAAGCCUCUUCUUGUGGCUGUCUUUUUGAUACCACUCACUGCAGCUCUCACGGCUCCCUCCAUGGCAGCCGACACUCCCUCCUGGGUCAGGGCACUCGUCUCAUAGUAUCCAAUGGCUCCUAAUCAGUGUACACAUAAACAAGUUGAAAGUGACUCACAGCAGAAUAACUUUGUGUACUAUUGAGCCUACACAAACGAUCAUGUUAUCCCCGUUUACAUUACCCGAUUACCUGACCAUGUUAUCCCUCCCUUACAAAAUGUAAAGGAAGUCAGUAAUAUAAGAA